ACCUAAUCAAUCAUGCAGAUAAAAAAAAUCAUACCAUUAUGAGUUUUGAUUUGUUCUUCUUCCGGUUUAAAGUAGUUUAAGUUUGUGUUAUGACGAACAACACACAGCAUAUAAAGUUUGUGGAUUUAGAAUGAAGACAAGUGCUUUUGCUUUCCUAUUGUGUUUCGUAACCACAUGUCAAAUUAUUUGCGCCAAAAAUGAACAACAAUCUUCGGUUCCUAAUGAUGAAGAACAAAGGAAAGAUAUCAGUACCAAUUUAAUUAAACCAACGCCACCUAUCGACAGCAAAAGUAAACACCGUCACCUGAUUAAGGUGCUCUACGAUUUAAAUAAACAGGUGGAUGAAAACAGGAAUGAUGUAUUUGAUAUUAGAUACACUUACGAAAAAGAAGUUUUUGGAGCCAAAAACGAAAAAGUAGUCCGAAAAUUGCAGAAUUUAAAAUUUGACAUUUUUAAUGUAACAAGUGCUCUGCCAAAAGACCCGAUGGAUUUUCGUUCGUUUAUGGUGUACUAUAUUUACUUGGAGCGAUAUCAAGAUGUUUAUAAUGGCGUGGAAGAUUUGAAGAAAGAGUUAACGCGAGGACCGCUGCUGGAAUAUAUUCUGAAAUAUUACAACCGCUUCAGUGAAAUGUUGAAAUCGCUGAAAAAUUUAAUAGUCGCAUUUCCUGAAAUGUUAUACGAUGGCAUUGACCAGAGUUAUGACCGGUAUGACAUAGUCUCCCAAACGAAUGAGUUUCUUCGUUACUUCAAGAUCCCCGUUAAACCAAUACACGCUAAGUGCUAUGCAUUGAUCUACAACUUAGAAGAGUUUUUUACCAAUUUGCAAAGCUAUAUGACAUUGGUAAUCUACAAGUUAGAGUCCACCAAUGAGAAUACUGAUACGAAGGAACAUUGAAUAGGAACAUAAAAUGAAUCCUUUUGAGUAGUUACUUUGAUAAUUCUAUGUAUUCCAUGCUGGAACCUUAAAUAGCUGAUUUACAGUAUCAUUAGACAAUAGCGUAUUUUUAACACAAUAGUGUAUUUUUAUCACUUUAGUUGCUUUUGAUUUUUUUAUUACCUAAUGUACUUCCGGCACUUUCAUUUCCGCCUUACCUAAGCACGACAACAGUAGGGACCCUAGCAGUUUGCAUACAGCAACUCCCAUCUUAUAGUCAAGAAAUAUGACAGUAAAUAACAGGUUUAAACACUAAGUGCUA